GCAAACCAACGAGGUAGGCGGCGAAAGUGAAAAAAAAAAGGAAGAAAAAAAAUAAUAGAAAACACGCGAAAAUGGCGGAGCCACCUCACACCGUCGCUGGCGGCGGCGGCGGCUCCGGCGGGCCGACGAACUGGAGGAAGGAGGCGGACGAGAGGCUGCGGCGGCUCCACUCCCUCCAGUUCGGCGCGGACGUCGCGCUGGAGGGGGAGGCCGAGAAGAACAGGGACCCCGCAGCGGCGCAGGUGCUGGCGCUCCGCCUCCUCGGCUUCCUCGACUCCCAGGCGGCCCCCUCCGGCGACGCCGCGGGCCACGAAGCCUUCUUCGUCGCGCCCAUCCGCGCCGCGGCGUCGUCCACCCUCGCGGCUGCCGUCCGCGCCCGCGCCGAAAAGUCCGACAGUGCUGCGUUUAAGCUUGCAGAAAAGGAUGUUGGUUGUGUUUUUUCAAAGCCAGGAGAAGUUAGUAUUGAAAAGAUCAAGUGUUCAAAGUAUUUUCAAGCUCUUCUUCAGAAAUCCAAAGGAUAUGCUGCUGAACAAAUGAAGACAACAGUUUGCCAUGAACCCACCAUUGAGGAAGGUCCACUUGAAGAGGAGAGUCCAGCUGAUAUAGAAAAUGAAAAUCUUAGCAUCAGGGCUUCAAAAUUAGUGACACAAAGAAAAUUAACAUCAUUGCUUAGCCAUAAACCUCUGAAGGCAAAUGGUGUGCCAGACGGGAAUAUGUUCAAAGCAGCGAGUAAUAUAUCUAAAGAGAAUGCUGUUGCUGAAAAUGGAGUCAGAACAAAUCAUACUGAUAACAGGCAUACUGCUUAUAUGGAUCUUGAAGAAGAUGACAGACCCCGUGGGUUGUUGCAUAAUGCGAAGCGAAAGCAUACAGGGUUCAGAAGUCCAAUCUGCGAACGUCCAAAUUCUCCGUUAAGUAAUGAUGAGGCUGAUGCCCCUGUCAAUGAGUUUGUUACUGCCAGGACAAAAUUGGAGAUGGAUUCGGUGCAAAAGCAUCGGCAUAAUGGUUCUCAAGGUGCUUCUGUAUCCCCACAAUGUGAUAACAACCUGAGUAACCGGAAUUAUGGUGUGAGGCCAAGCUGGAAUUCUCGUCGUGGACUACGUGGUAAUUUUGUUCCCCCUAUCAGAAACAAUGGAGGAUCUUCUGGCAACAUGACCUCACGUAUCGGAAAAAAUGAUGAUUCAAUGGGAGAUUCAACAAGAAAAUGUUUAGAAAUGCUUUGUGGACCUGAUGGUGAGCUUCCUGAGAAGCUGAGAAAUCUGGAACCUCGCCUUAUUGAGCAUGUCAGUAAUGAAAUAAUGGAUAAAGAUCCUAAUGUUCGCUGGGAUGACAUAGCUGGUUUGGAACAUGCAAAGAAAUGUGUGACAGAAAUGGUGAUAUGGCCACUACUACGUCCAGACAUCUUCCGUGGUUGUCGAUCUCCUGGAAGAGGUCUUCUGUUGUUUGGACCUCCUGGAACAGGAAAAACCAUGAUUGGAAAAGCAAUAGCUGGUGAAGCCAAGGCUACAUUUUUCUACAUUUCUGCAAGUUCACUGACAAGCAAAUGGAUUGGUGAGGGAGAAAAGCUAGUUCGAGCACUAUUUGGAGUCGCCUGUUGUCGUCAGCCAGCUGUCAUAUUUGUGGAUGAGAUCGAUUCACUACUAUCUCAGCGCAAAUCAGAUGGUGAACAUGAGUCAAGCAGGAGGCUGAAAACACAGUUUCUAAUCGAGAUGGAAGGUUUUGACAGUGGAAAUGAUCAAAUAUUACUUAUAGGAGCAACAAACAGACCUCAAGAACUGGAUGAAGCAGCACGGAGGCGACUUACAAAACGUCUAUAUAUUCCUCUUCCUUCAUCAGAAGCACGGGCCUGGAUAAUUCGCAAUCUUUUGGAGAAGGAUGGUCUCUUUAAACUCACAGAGGAAGAAACAAAGGUCGUCUGUAAGUUAACAGAAGGUUACUCAGGAUCCGACAUGAAAAAUCUUGUGAAAGAUGCCUCAAUGGGCCCACUAAGGGACGCUCUUCAGCAGGGUGUUGGAAUCACAAAGCUAAUCAAGGAGGAUAUGCGGCCGGUGAUGCUCAAGGAUUUUGAGACUGCUCUGCAGGAGGUGAGACCUUCAGUUUCCUCAAGUGAACUAGGAAUUUAUGAAGAAUGGAACAGGCAAUUUGGCAGCUUAGCAAAUUAAUUUGCAGGGAGAUGUUUAAAGCGCUACGAUGCUUUUUCCCCUGCAAAGCGUGUGAAACAUACGCCUGCGACGGAGGACAUUGAAGCACCCCCCGCACCUGUGCACCUACAUGCCUUCAAACUACCUCUCAGUAAUCACUGACGCAGUGUUCCAAAUCUCAGGUGAAAUACUCCGAAAGUGGCCAAGGAUUUGAUUGUUUGGCUGUGUCCUUUUUUUUUUUUUUGCUUAAUAUCAAAUAUGUUCAGUUGGUGAUGACUGAUGUUGUAUGAGUUGGUCUUAGGAUCUUGGGGGCUUCAAAAGAAGCUGUGUACGAGUCACUGAAAUUUUCAUCAUUCAUUGCAAAGCAAGACACCAAUGUUUAGUGUAUUCUUCUGUUUAGAGUGGUAUUUAUCUCAAUAUAU